CAUAGGUUGCUGUGUUACACAACGUAAGAAGUAAAAUACAAUGUUAAGUGUAAAAGCUAAAUUAGAAGGCUCUGUUCGACCUGAGCUAAAGAAGGAGUCUGAAGUUUCUCUUGAUGAUGGUGUUGAGGUAGAAGAUUCUGAUUCAGACUCAUGGGUGAGCAAGAUGAAAAAAAAGAUAUCUCCAUGUGUGAUGUCUUUAGGAUUCAGAUUUUUUGGUGUGGUGCUUAUUUUUGUGGAUGUUUCACUUGUGAUUCUUUCUCUGUUGGUUGAUGAAGAACGUGAAACUGUUGAAUCCAUGAUUGCAAACCUCUCUUUCAGCAUAGCACUAUUUUUCCUCGUAGAUGUACUCCUGCAAGUGUUUAUUGAAGGAUCCAAAAACUACUUCAAAUCUAAAUUAAACAUUCUAGAUAGCCUCAUUGUUGUGGGUACAUUGUUGAUCAAUGCUGUAGAUAUUACCUCUGACUUGGGUGGAAUAACUGUAAUUCCAAGAACAUUUGUCAUUCUUCGAAUGUUGAGAAUUAUAAUUCUGGUAAGAGUUUUUCGAUUGGCUGCUGAGGCAGAGCGACUUGAAAAAAUGACCCGGAGGUUGGUCUCAGAAAAUAAAAGGCGUUACACAAGAGGUGGCUUUGACUUGGAUCUCACUUAUGUCACUGCUCGUGUUAUAGCAAUGUCGUUUCCAUCUUCUGGGCAGCAAGCUUUCUACAGGAAUCCUAUAUCGGAAGUUGCAAAAUUCUUGGAUACAAAACAUGAAGACCAUUACAAAGUCUACAAUCUUUGUAGUGAGCAAGGCUAUGACCCAGGGAUUUUUCAUUAUAGAGUGGAGAGGCUGUUUAUUGAUGACCACAAUGUUCCCUCUCUAGCGGAGACACUCACAUUCACUGCCAAUGUGAGGCAGUGGAUGGAACAGGACAACCACAAUGUUAUAGCAAUACAUUGUAAAGGUGGGAAAGGUAGAACUGGAACUAUGAUUUGCAUCUGGCUUAUUGACAGUGGCCAGUUUAAGACUGCGCAGGAAAGUUUGGAGUACUUUGGCAAGCGAAGAACUGAUGAAACUACUAGCACCAAGUUUCAGGGUGUUGAAACUCCAUCACAGAGUAGGUAUGUAGAAUAUUAUGCAAUCUUGAAAUCAAAAUACAGCCUGAUCCUCCCACCAGAGAAGCUUUUCAGAAUCAAAUGCAUAAAAGUCUAUGCUAUCCAAGGAGUUGGUAGAGGCAAUGGGACUGAUUUCAGAAUAAAGAUAAUCAUGAAGAAGGAAGUAGCAUUUCAAUGCAGUGGUGCAACACCAACGAACUGCAAGUUGUUCGUUGAUCGUGAAAAUGACCUGUUAAUAAUUGGUUUGAAGAACUGUCCUGUCAUCAGAAAUGAUGUGAAAGUCAAAUUUGAAGCUACUUCUGAUAUUCCAAAAGGCUAUGAUAGCUGUGCUUUCUUUUUUUGGUUCCACACAGCUUUUAUACAGGACUAUCACCUUUUCCUCACAAGAAAUGAAAUCGAUAACUUAAACAAGCCAAAGACGUGGAGGAUAUUCAGAGAUAAUUUUGCUGUGGAGUUAGUUUUCACUGACCCAUGACUGAAGCAAGCAAAAACAGACUUAACUGGGAAUUGCAUAAUAAUUCAGUAACCUGGUUUCACACCAGAUAUGGAACUGUAUUUUGAGACUACUUCUCAGUGUGCAGAAUCAUCUUGAAUGUAAAAAUAAAACUAAGGCCUAGUGCGCUAUCAUGAUUACAACAAUUAAUUUUGCCAUCUGGAUUAUGUGUAAGACAAAGGGUCUUCAAAGAGUAAACUCAGUAGCAAGUUCACAAGGUCUUCAUCAUCUUAUUCUGAUCUUUUAAAAAUGACUUGGUUAUUGGCCAGUUUCCAACAGCAGUUUAUGCCUGGGAGUCUGGAGAUCAGACUUAACUAUAUUGUAAUGGCUUCCAAAGCCAGAUUCAUCAGAUUUAUGUAUGAGCCAUGAUGUCCCAAGGCUUGAGAUAAAAGAUUUUACCUGCUUUUCUCUCUCUCUCCCCCUCUGCAUUCCAUAGGCCUUUUACUGAAUUUCUGAUAUGUUGUAUUUUUGUUAUCCCACAUGUGGGAACCUCAAACAUUGUCAGAUCAGAUAAUUUCAUAAUUUGCAUUGACUGGGAAGGCUUUAAAUUCACAGUUCAGUUUCCAGGCAUAAUAGGGGUAGAUGUACAGAGAAUAUCAUGUUAGGAAAAGUUGCCACAGAAGUUCAUUGUUUUAAAAUGGCUGGAGUUUAUGAUAUGUAAUGAUGAUGGCCCCUUCACCAUAGAUAGUGCAUGUAAGUGUGAUUACCUCCCCACAUUUUUCCUUAUACAUCACCUUUCAUGUUUUAUUUGGCAAGCAAGAAAUUCUACCUGUUGGAUCUAGUUACACUGUAAUAUUUGUUCAUGAAUUUCAGUUCAGCAGCUUUAUAUUAGUUCCACAUUGAUGUUUUGUCAUUUCAUAUAUAUUAUCCCUUCAAGUUUGCAGCACAAUAUCUUGAAGGAAUGAAAUGCUUUCCUCCUAUGUUUCUCCUAGGUUUAAUGUAUGAUUUGUAUAAUUUUAUGAUUUCAUUUAAACUAUGAUGUUCAACAUUGGAAUAAAUAAUAUGAAAUAUAUUUUUGAUUAAAAUUGGUAGCUGGAAGCAUAGUUCAAAUGGUAUAUCAGCAUCAGGAAAUUGUACAGUAUGGUAAUGAUUUUGUGUAAUAUGUAAGGAUAGGUUUAACAAAUAAUAUUCAAAAAAUAAUAUGCUGUAUUUUUAUUCUGAAAUGUUGUCAGUCCUAAUCACCUGUAUGCCAACCUGUCAAGCAAUAUUAGGUAUUCAGUUAUAUAGUUUAUUGAAGUGUAUUGCAUACUUGUCAACUUUUAAGAGGUAUGAACUUCAACUCCUAGUGUUCUCCAGCUAGUAUUCUGGAU